AGCAGAAAUAAUCGCUGCAUGGACAUACAAGCGUUUUGCAACUCCAACUUUGGGGGUUUUAUUGUUUAGUUAUUGUCCUUACAUAAUUACUAUGUGACUCUCAGCAUAUCCCCCUACAGAAAAAACGGUAGGUUGUGUCUGAUGAUCGAUUUUUUUGUCUGUUCUUACCGUUUAUCAGACACUAGCACAUUUUCAGCUCUUGAAGACUUAGUAGUUGAUAUUUAUCAAUUCUUUUUUGCAUACAUUCAUAGUAACACAUGCUUGAUCAGAUGGUGCAAAAGAAAAUUUUUUAUUACUGCUUGUUUCCUCAGAAUGAGUGUCUGAACAUGCAUUGUGUCUGAAUAUAGAUGCCUUACUCUAUACUAUACCCGUGGCCACCUACGAGCUCUUCGAGUAAUUAUAUGCAAACCGCCCUUAACAUAAUGUUCAUGCACACAAGCAAAAACUAUUCUUCAAUGUUUAAACCUUAUAGUUGUAAGGAAGUACAUGCAUUUCAUGCCUUUUUAGGGAGAACUAUAAAUAGUAUAUUGCACAUUUUGUGGUCAUUACGAUUGACCUUAUAUACACACUGAAGUUGAAACUAACAAAAGAACAGUAUAGCUAUUAUGGCUACUCCUAAUCCAGAGCCAGUGUUUGUCAAAGAGUUAGCUGAUAAGUACAAGUGUAGUAUUUGUACUAACCUUCUAGACACACCAGUUCUAACUGAGUGCUGUGGACAGCAUUUUUGCAAAGCCUGUCUGGAAAAGUGGAUCACAAAAAAAAAGGCAACAAUUUGCCCCCAGUGUCGAGCAGAAAACUUCAAUAAGAUCGUUUCCCAGCCGAUAAUCAGAGAAAUCAAACAGUUGGGUGUGUAUUGUACGAAUCGUGACAACGGGUGUAAAGUACUCAUCAGUUAUGGAGAUUUCCCGAAGCACGUGAACGAAUGUACGUUUGGAUACGUUAAAUGCACCAACAAUUGCGAUACAGCCAGAUUGCUAAGAAAAGACCUCGAACAUCAUUGCAAACAAGAGUGUCCUAAUAGAAUAGUGCACUGUGAGCUUUGUAACGAAGAGGGCAAGCAUUGUCGAAUAGUUGGAAGGCACAAACGAACUUGCCCUAACGUCAUCGUAGCAUGCCCUAACAAAUGCAACGAGAAAUUAAAGAGAAAAGACAUCGAAGAGCACAGAAAAGAGUGUCCACUUGAGAUUGUGGAUUGUCCCUUUAAAGAGGCUGGUUGUGAAGUGAGGCUGCCUCGUAAAAAUAUCUCGGACCAUGAAGCGUCUAGCAUGCAAAACCAUCUCCGACUUACCAUGACAACUAUGGUUACUGCUAAUACAGCUCUAGCUCGUGUUAAGAGAGAGAAUAAGGAACUAAAACGAGACUUUGACACGCUUGUUUCAGUUGUAUCAACAGGGUUUAGUUCAAUGGACAUUUCCCCAACUGAUACGAAACCAAUGAAUGGUAUUAAAACAAUACUAACCUCCCUAACCACAAUGAUACAACCUAAUGGCAAGACUCACUGCGUACAUAUAACUGAUAAACUGGGAUUAUUCGAGGAUCCAGAAAAGUCACUACGAAACACAUCCAUAAUAGCCAGUUCUCCACCACUAUGCGUAUACCCAGGAUUCAUAAUCUACCUUGGAGUUAGUAGAAGUGCAUGGAAAGGAACCUUAAAUUAUCGUCUUCUGCUAGAGAAAAGCGAUAUCCACGGUUACCCUGAGAAACUAUCUAUUAAAGUACAGCCUACAACAGGACGACCAUUCUCGUGUUCCUUAAACGACCUUAAAAAAACAAAUACCAUACGAUGUGACUCAGGAAGAGAACUUAAGCUAACAGGUUUCAUAUAUUCUCUGAUAUCUUCGGACUUAGAUUUCUAUGUUGACAUUACUUUUCUACAAUAAGCACAUUAAGUAUAUAGUUUAUUCUACGAUCUGUACAUAGAAAGCCUUCUAUAUAAUUAUACCCAAUGUACAAGCAUCUUAGUGUUUUUUUGCAAAUUAUGAGUGAUUCUGUAUAAUACGUCAUUUCAAAAGCUGUUUUUGUUUCUGUUUAA